CCUCCCUCUUCCACCACCACCACUCCAUCCACCCCCACCUCGCUUCGCCUCCACAGCAUCGCCUCCUCCGCUUCUCGAACUCUAGGGGGGGCGCGGGGGGGAGCCAUGGAGAUCUCGCUCGAUGCGUGGGUCGGCGUGCAGCGGCACGGGCAGGACCUGGCGGACCGCCUCGCGCAGGGCUUCUCGGGGCUCCUCCUCCACGCGCAGCCGCCGCAGCUCCACUGGUCGGCGCCCGCGCUGCCGGCGAAGCUGAUACCAUUCGAGAUAGACCUCCCCGUCGUCCCCUUCGUCGGAGGGGCCCGGGGCGGGAGGGCCCCCGACCUCCCCGCUGCCGCCGUCGCGUCGUUCGUCGAGAUCGGCGAGCGGCUCGGCCAGGCGGGGUCCGAGCUCGGGGCUUGCGUCGGGGGCGCCGUGCAGCAGUUGGCGCGGCAGAUUCCUGCUCCGUUCCUGGCGGAGAGCACGCGGCGGCCAAGGUGGGAGGCGGUUCCGCCGCAGCCAGCGGCGCCGGCGGCGGCGCCGGCGAACGAGGUGGGGGUGGCUCUCGCUGUGGAGAGAGCUGAGGAUAAGGGAAUCGCAUUGGAGAGGGUCGGAGACAGAGGGCCUCUCGAGGUAGCGGCUGCAGCGGCCGCGGCAGCCACUGGAAGUGCCACUGCGGCUAGUGCGGGCGGGGUCGGUGCCGGGGGUGCAGACAGUUUGGAUGAGGAAGAUGAUCGUUUCGGAUGCGAGAUUGGGACUUUUGGUAACUUCAAGAAGGCCAAGGGAACUGUGAAUAUCUCAGCGACAUACGAUACCAGGCACCAUGACUUUGAGACUUCAGUAGUUGCACGUGGGGACCUUUGGAGGUUGGAGUCGUCGCGUGGUUUAAAUUCUGGAAAUGAAAAUGCACCGCUUUUCCUUGUUCAGCUGGGACCUUUAUUGUUUGUCCGAGACUCAACACUUCUUUUGCCUAUUCAUCUGUCAAAGCAGCACCUUCUUUGGUAUGGCUAUGAUCGCAAGAACAAAAUGCACUCCCUAUGUCCAGCUAUCUGGUCCAAACAUAGAAGAUGGAUGCUGAUGUCAAUGAUGUGCCUCAAUCCUGUAAACUGUUCCUUCAUGGAUGUGCAAUUCCCAAAUGGACAGCUGACAUAUGUUGCUGGAGAAGGGAUAACAGCAAGUGGAUUUUUCCCAUUAUUCGGUGGUUUGCUUCAAGCUCAUGGAAAAUGUCCUGGGGAAACAAGAGUAAGCUUCUCCUUCAAGAGCAAACAAGGCACAAAGUUCACCCCUAUGUUUCAAUGGCCUGACAAUUCUCUUUCAUUUGGAGUUGCACAAGCCUUAGCAUGGAAAAGAUCUGGCCUUAUGGCGAGGCCCAGCAUUCAAGUCAGUGUUUGCCCCACAUUUGGAGGAAGCGAUCCUGGGAUACGGGCAGAGUUUGUCCAUUCAUUGAAGGAGGAGCUCAAUGUAAUGUGUGGUUUCACUUGCUCCAGACAUCCCUCGGCCUUCACUGCUGUUUCUCUCGGGCGAUCCAAGUGGAAUGGGCAAUUCGGCAGUUCAGGACUAGUAAUAACCUUGGAAACACCCCUAGACAACAGGGCAAGACCAUCUUUAUCUGUUCAACUGAACGGAGGUUUUGAAUUCUGACUGCCACUGUAAGCUGUACAUAGCACUGUAUAUAUUUCUGGAGAGAGCGGCUCAACCUAUGUAUUGUAAUAUUUGGACGUAGGUUCAAUCUCCUCUUAGCCUUCUUAUAGGUUCAAGCCCAACACCAACGUCUCAAUUUGGAUAGUAAGGAUGACAGUAGCUGGUCAGCUGGUGCAGGACUGAUGGUGCAUGCGAAGUAAUUUGUUGCACCCAUUUUGUCAUGGUUGCUAGAAGUAGAAUGCAUGUAUUGCUGCUGCAAACCUUAUUAGUAAUAUUUGUUCUGCUGCCGACGUUGUUCCAUCCACUGGACCUGAUGCUGUUACAAGUCAACUGGUUA